CACCAGUCUUGUUGAAGAUUUCGUUACGAGCAGUCCAUCUUUUCGUUCGCGCUUCGCGAGUUUUGAUUACUUGAAUCUGGGGGACAGAGCAGUAGUUUCGCCCCCGUUGGUGUAGAAGAAACGGGUGUCAAAUAAAUCAGUGAAUUUGACUUCGUCGUUCGUCGUCGGUAGGACGCGACGAUCUGCUAAGAGUCCUCGGUGGAUGGUGUGUGAUUGUGUGGAAUCAGAGCGGUGGAUUACCGAUUAUUUUGAAACAGUAAAGGCUCUCGAUCGUGAUCGUGUGUAGAUUUGACUUUUGUUUGGGUUUUGUUUUUCGGAAAGUUCAGACCCCCGAGAACAAUCAGUUGUGGACUCAGCGACGGGGAGUUGUUUUUGCUGGUGAAAAUCGAAAGAUCGUGAGUGAGCGCAAGAACGUAAGAAGGGCGCAAACAGCGAUGAUAACAGUUAAUUGUUGAAAAUCUCAGUCCUCGGGUUAAGAAGAUUUUGGCUUUUGUCUGUGCCUUCUACUUCGGUGCGGAGGAUUAUUUUUCGACCGAGGAAAGUGUAACACGAGAUUCACCGUGGAAGAGACGAGGUGGCGUACUUAAAAGUCGUUUAAAAAUCCACCACCUGAGGAGAGACAGAGAGCAGGCGGAGAUAGACAGGCCAAGAGUUGAAAAGCAGCUUGAAAAGUCGACGGGCAGAUAAGGCGAGCGAAGCCAAAACCCAUCCAAGGCCCGUCGCAUUUCUAAGAGACUUGGGAAGGCGCGCGCGCACGCUCGUCCAAAAGUUUGGUCCGACAAGCGAAAAAGGGCUUUCGAAAAGGAGAAGCAGCCGGACGGACGGACGGACGAACUAAAAAAUAUGAAAACGAGAUAGUUUCAAAAGAGCUACCCCGGGACAGCGCACACAAAACAGAGAGAUGUUUUCGAAAAACGGCCGCCACCAAGGACCGGCGGAGGUACGGUGACACAAGGCCCAAGAUCAGCUUCAGACCAAGCCACAGGGAGAGAGCCAGUGUGGUGUCUUUUAUGAAUAAUUAAACAUAUGGAAAGUGUUGAGUGGAGCAAUCGACGACGAAGGCAAUGACGACCAUGUCCGACGGCAGCUCGGUAAUUUGAGAUGUGAACUUGGCGCAGAUUUUGACGAAGAAAAUUUUUCAUUUUUCCAACGAUCGGUGGUUAUUAGAGUUCAAGAAGAAAUUGAAGUGAAGUUCAAGUACUAUAACUUGUACAACUUUGAUCACCCUCGACGGGUUCUAGUUGUUAACCGACUGAAGACAAACCAAACGCAAGAAUUCGUUCAACGGCAAACGCGAAGAAUUCCCCGGUUUCGAUCAAGAAGUGAAGUUCAAGCGAAGAAGAGAGAUAAGCGAAAAAAAUCUUUUUAACCGGGCAGAAGUUGUGGGUGUAAGAAGAGAUAAAAAAAAGCUGAAAUAAGCUGAAAACAAACGUGAAACCUGAGUUUAGCCCGAGAAGAAAAGAGCUAAGCGAAGAAGCCUUGGAGAAGAGGAAGAGAAAAGGUUAAAAGUUUGCUUGCCGAGGAAAAAACAAAUCUGUUGUGAACCAUAAUUGCGAUAGUAAUAACCACAAAAUUGUGAUAAUCUAUAUAUGAUCUUGGGGGCGAAGAGCGAUCGUGCGCGAAGCAAGAACGAGAACGCAUAGUUCGGUAGAUCGCACCCAGGGGCUAGGGCAAAUAACACGAAUAAGAAUCUCUAAUAAUGUGUAAUUUUUCAAAACCAAUCAUAAUAACACUCGGUGGAAAAGUUUGCGACGGACCAUAUCGGCGAUCGGCCGGGCAGCAUCGUGUAGUGACCAUCCUAUCCGCGUCAACAAGUGUGUAACAAGCGAAGAGAUUUAAUAGGAUUGUAAAAAGUUUAUCACUCGAAUAAAUCAAUUAUAAAUCGAGACAGCUGCAGCAUUCAGCAUCUUCGAGGAGGCUGCUGCUCUACGAUCGUGUUUCAGCCUAGCAGCAUCAGCAUAGGCAACAGCGAGCAAAAGGAGGACCAGAGCGAGGGCUGCGCAAAAUGUUUGACGUUCGUACCGUGGAAGCCGGUGGAAGUUGUGAUCAAGAUCGUGAUAGUGAUACAAUGUCAAUCACAGCGAGACGACGACGUGCAUUUCAACGGCAGGCCUGUUUAUUGAGCGUUAUGGCUGCGUUUUCCCUGGGGCUGGCACUUGGCGUGUUUGUGCCACUAAUUGGAAUGUCACAGGCGGUGACGAAAGGAUCCAGUGAUAAUGGUGGAAGUAGUAGUGGCGCUAGCAUAGAAAGCGAUGAAUCUGGACAGUUUCCAUUGGGAAGGUUCGAACAUUUACCUCACAAACUGCCUCAUUUUCCAACGAUAGACGAUCUUCGGGGGAAGGACUCGUACAACUCGGUGUCCUUCAUUGCAGAAGAAAAGCUCAAGGCCGAAGACGUUUUCCGGCAUGCAUUCCACAUUGAUCAGCGUGACGACAAGGAUACAAUGGUAAUCAAAAAAUUCGAUCCAGAGGAUCGCUACAUUAAGGAGUACACAGUUCGUCGAACGGCCGAUGGACUAUUUCACAAAGGCCCCGAGAAGAAACUUUCUCAGCCAUCGAUCAUCGAUCAGAUCCUUUCCUCCGGUAAAUCAGAGGACGAAAAUCCGGAUGGACCGGUGAUCGACAUUGUCAGUCAAAACUUCGACCAACAAGACUUGGAAGAUCCAGACGGUGUCAUACUGAAUGACAUCUAUUGGGGAUCAAAGGUCGAGAAUGCACUUCCCCGAGGGUUUGGAAAACGGCAGAGUGAUUCGUGGACACGCUACCUUCAGAACGCUGAAGUUGAUCACUUGGAAGUGGGAUGCGGACGAAUGCAGAAUCGAAUGGUUGUUUUCCGCGAUGGCACUCGAGCUUGCGCACGAUAUCGUCAGAAUACUGAUCAAAUUCAAGGUGAGCUUUUCAGUUUCUAUCUGGGUCAGCUGCUAAACAUAACCAACCUCGCACCGAGCGCAGCAUCGAUCAUUGAUAUGGAAACCAAACUGUGGUCUUCCGUAACGGACGACAUUUCCAACUCACAGUGGAAGUCCACCAAACCGGUCGUCAUAACAAAAUGGAUUGGUAACCUCGAACCAGCCGGUAUUCCAAAACCCUUUCAACCAUUGGAGCGACACCUCAACAAACUGGACAUAAAGAACAUCACCGAAGGGCUUGAUCUACCCAAGCCACCGAAAACCCUGCUCGAUCAUCUUGGUGCCACACAGCCUCCAGAGCUACAACCGAUCCGGCCACCGGGAGCUCCCUUGAGUGAACCCGUCAUCAAGCGCCUGGUGGAACUGGCCCAAUGGUCAGACCUGAUUGUUUUCGACUACCUGAUAGCGAACCUCGAUCGGGUAGUGAACAACCUGUACAACUUCCAGUGGAAUGCUGACAUCAUGGCGGCACCGGCCCACAACUUGGCCCGCCAAAGUGACUCGCAGCUGUUGGUCUUCCUGGACAACGAGUCCGGUCUGCUGCACGGCUACCGGUUACUCAAAAAGUACGAAGCCUACCACGGGCUUCUGCUGGACAAUCUGUGCGUCUUUCGGCGAUCGACGAUCGCUGCCCUUCAGCACCUGCGGGACAACAACGUUGGCCGGCGAUUGAACGAACUGUUCGAGCGGACCACCACGGCCAAGAUACGGGACGUGCUGCCACCGCUGCCGGAGAAAUCCGUCAAGAUACUAGUCGAUAGGAUUGAUCGAGUGUUAGGUCAAGUGCAAAAAUGUCGUGAAAUUUUCUCCAACCGAUAGCCCGCGCUGUUGCACCGGUUCGAAGGCAGUCAGGAGAUCGGGAGAGAAUGAUGACGACGACGAGGACGUCGUUGUUGGAGGUGCGGAGACGCUGGUCGUGUUCAGGAAAGUUUCUGUAUAGCUGCGGGAUCCCUUUCGUGUCCCGUCCGGUUCCAGCGGCGGGAGGGCUAAGUGAGGAGUGCCCCACCACUACCACGGGAGAAAGCAUCGUUUGUUUAGUGAGCUGUUUUGUUGUUUCGUUUGAACACAGAUUUUUUUUCUGUUUAUCUGUUGCCGCGCUUCAACUCCUACAACUGUCCUGCCGCUUUGGCUGGCGGUCGGUUGGUGCGGGGUCCGGGGAUCCCAGAACCAAAGCGAGAAGGUGGCCCCCAGCCGAGUGCGGUGUGUCCAGGUGACCUCGAGGAAUCGACGAUACUGUGUGUUGCUUGUAAGUUUUUUUUUUGUUUGUUGUUGUUUUGUUUUUAUGGUUUCGAAGGGUUCUGCUUUUGAGCUGAGGCCAGAAGAUUUAGGAGACUUAUCGCGAUUUUGAGCGCUCACAGAUCAAGGCAGGUCCCAGGAGGUAGUCAAAGUCAUAGCGGUGUGGCAAAAGGGCGAACGCGAAAGACAAAGAGAGAGAUUGAAAGACAAUAUAAAAUAGUUUUUAGAGCGCAGAAUGGAAGAAAGCAGAAAAAAUGUCAGAAAGGGAUGAACAGAGAGAGAGAGUGUGAGUAAGAGAGAUACAGUAGGUACGCUACUUGGAGUGCUAGAGGAAAAUAUUGUAUAUUUAUAGAAAUUAUUGCAACUCGGGGAGGGAAAACGGACGCAGGCGCCAAUAAUUGGCGACGACCGAAGACCAACAUGAGGGACGACGAACGACUUAAAUGACGACGACGACGAUGACGAUCCGUUCGGGGCUCUUGAGACUGAGCUUCUGUUGCGGCGAUUGGGAACGUCCAACGUGAUUUUGUCGAGGGUAGACUUUCAUCCCUGAGUUAUCAUCGGAAAGGUUUUUUUUGACAGCCACAUCAAACAUAACUGAUUCGGUUGUGGCUUUUGGAAAGCGGGGUGGCACGAUGAUGAUUAGAAAAAUGUGCAUUGUUUGGGUCUUUGGACCGAAGCCGAUUAUCCGUAAUUUUCAAAGGCGAAAUUUGUUUGACUGGACGGCGAUGCGGCGGCCGCUGCGGAUGAUUCCCAGGUCCGGUGAACACCGUAAUUGAAAGCGGCCACGAGUGGGCAUGAAUGGUUUGAACGGAGAUUGUUCGGUAGACUGUUUGUGGAACUGGGGAUGGGAAAACAGUGGUUUUCACACAUGCCGUUUUGAGCGAUCGAUAGUUUUGUUGAAAUGCUUUGGACACUGCGCUAUUAGUUUAUGAAGCUGUUUCGGUGAUUGUAACCAUGACAUGGGUUUUAAGCUACCGUUUUAUCUCAAAUUCCGAACAAACUCGUAUUACGAACACUCGAUUACGUACCGCGAAUUUGAUGAAAUAUAUCACUGUAAUAGGAACAAAUUUCUAGCAAACAACGAUCGAUUGCAACUCAAUUUUAACUACUUUAAUGUUAAUAAUGAUAAUUCUUAAGGUAGUGGCCUAGAAAAUUAGCUCAACUGAAUAAGAUGUUCGGAAUUUGAGACAGAAUAGACACAGUGUUCGGAAUUUGAAGCAAUAUGUUGUUCAACAUUUUCGCAUAAAAAUCAGAAUAAAAAAUGAUAUAUAUUUUUUUUGUCCAAAUUAUCGAUAGUUAACAGUUGGCAAAUCUAUUAUCAUAAACAGGUGGAUGAACGUCAUUUGGCCGAAUGUUAUUAUGCCGAACGGUUCGUUUGGCCGAAUACCGUUUGGAUUGUUAGGUGUGGCACAAUAGUUGAUCAGCUAAUUUAGAUAUUGGCUUUUAUAUGGACGUAAUGUUUCUUGCUACAUAAGGGCUUCAAGAGAAUGAUAAAUUCAACCCGUCAAAUUAGCACGAAGAUGUGAACUCCUGUCAUCUCUGGGUAACCAACAGUGUGCUUGAGUUCCAAUUGGUUUAAUGAUUUCAUCAGAAAUUUUUCCUUCUUUUCAUUAUAGGCUAUUUUCUCGAAAUAUACUGGUUCGUUAUUAUUAUCAAUAAUUUAGCUAAUACUUUAGUUUUAAAGAUUUUUCCUUGUUUUGAUCGUAGGCUGUUCUUUCAAGAAAAAAAAGUUUUUUCCAUAGUUGUUGGAAUCAAGGCUCAUAAAACGUUAAUAAAAAGUCUUAUUCAAACGGGUAAACUUAAAUGAGAUAUCAUUAUCCUCGAAGAUUAAGAUUGCAACGUGCAAAAUGAACUCUUAACCGUUGCUUGCGUAUAAUAGUAAACCGAAGCGAAAUAGAAAAUUGGGUCGAAAACAAGGCUGGUAAAAUGGUAUCGGGGCGAAAUGAACACUUGCAUAAAAUUUAUUGAUUCCAAUAUAUUUAAUGACUGUCAAUCGUUUCGAUAUGCCAAAGGGCUCUUCCUCAAUCAAAGUAACUAA